GGAAGGUCGGCCUCUGGAGCCGAAACGGAGAGAAGCCAACGAACAGAAGCAGAAGAGGAGGCCACUGCCGUUGUUACUGUGAAAUUCCGUGAAGGCUUGGAGCAGAAAACAAAGGGAAAGGAGAAGAGGUACCUUAGUCUGAAGAGCGGCGAUUGGAGUCAACAACAGGCCUAAAGUAAGUACUUGAUAUUCUCACAAAGCUUUUGCAAGGUGAGUUAUUGGGAAAAUUUUACUUUGUAUAAUGUUUUCCAGUGAGUUGACUUCUUUUAUAGCUUUUUGGAAUCUUACUAAAAGAGUUGAGACAGAGGAGUCAUUUGAUAUUUCACCUAAGGAGUAUGCAUAUGCACCUUCUCAUUAUCAAGAACCUUCCGAGUGUGUAAAUAAUGAUUGGAAUUAUUCUCAUAGGUAUGAUCAUUCCGGACCUUAUGAAGGUUAUGAUCAUUACCAACCUUACCCUGGUUAUGAGCCACAAUUUGUUGAUUCCAAUUAUUAUUCACACAUUUCUCCGUCACAGUAUGAGAGAGAUGAUCAAUCAUAUUGUGACCCAUCUGCAUCACAACUAUCUUUGCUAGAACGCCUCAAUAUUGACAUUGUUGAACAGACCAAAGUAAAUGAGUUAUUUUUUGCUGAGCUGAGUAAAACCCAAGCUUAUAUUGCUGAACUUGCUGAACAAACUGAUUUAUUGAUUGCUCAACUAACGCAGUCGGUAGAAGAUCGUGGUCUUACUGAGGAUAAAAGUUAUAAAUUUUCUUAUACUCUUGAUAUUUAUGAUGAAACCGCUUUAACUAAUGAAUCAAUAUGUAUGGAGAAUGAUGAUGAACUUGAUAGUUGUGAUCAUAGGAAUAGAGACAUUGUUAUACCAAGUGAAGGUGGUGUAUUUAGUCCAACUCCUGAUCGUGUUAAUGAUCACUCACCUAUUCAAAAGGAUGAGUUUAGGAUUGAGGACACCAUUCUUUUAGACAGUGUGACAUAUCAGUGCUACAACAAUGAUGUUUAUGAAGAAUGUGUUAAUUCAGAGGAAACGGUAGUUAAGUCUAACGACUUAGAGACAUUACACUUUAUCUAUAAGGUUACUUCUAAUCAUCUUUAUUGUGAUAUUCCUAUUGAUUCAUUGGUUGAUGAUGAUUAUGAUGAUGAUUUAGUACAGUGUCACAAACCCAAUGGAGAAGUUAAUAUACCUAGAAUUGUUAGCACAACUUUUCAGAAGAUUCUUGAUUUUGGAUUAGAAUUGCGUGCUUCUCCAGUAUUACUAGAUUAUUUUUCAUCUCGUGAUUUCUCUUUGCCUGUGCAUGACUCCCAGAUUGUUUCAGUUCCCAUCCCUAGCGAACCCUUUGACUCGGUUAUUUUUGAUCAAAAUGAUACAUCCUUUGCAAAAACCAGGUUUGGGGGUGACUCUUUCCUUUUGAUAGUAUCUAUAUCUUUACGUCGCUACAACAAGGAUUUGAGGUUGUCAUUGGUUGUAUAUAUUUUAUUUUGGGUUGAUCCCCAAAUUUUCAGGUUAUUAGUUUAUGGGGAUCCUUUAUUUAUAUUCCAGUAGGUAAUUCUAUUUUCUUAUUUUAUUUUUAUUUGUUUAU